AUGGUACUCCAUCGUCUCCAUUUCCAAGCCAUCAGCGCGUCGCCAGAGCACCUCCUCUCCACCGAGGGCUCGAGCGCCAGCGUCGACCUGGUCGGCGACAGCCGGCCGUACGUCUACCCGGACCUCGACGCUUUUCUGGAUUGGGUCACAGUCGGAUUCUGCGAGCGACAUGAUAGCAACAGCCUUAUCCUCGUUCCACGCGCUUUCAAGGAGCCCCUCUUCCACAAGCUCGUCGCGCUCCGUCACCCUUCGUCUCGCUCGGUCGAAAUGCCCACCAUCGAGAGCGAGCAUGCCCAAAAGCGACCUUGCGUGACUGUGCUGGAGGUCGUCUACGGACUGCAAAAGGUCGGCUGCACGCACAUCAGGAUCGUGGUUCUGGGACCAUUGCCUGCUCUCGUCGCCGACAUGGCCCAUCCGGCCAGAACGGACAACGUCUGGACGUUCCGUGCGCAGGUCUCGACUCGCGGCAUUCCGCUUUUCCGGGGAGCAAGCACCGAGGGCCAGACAGUGCCUAUGCUGGGUAGCCUCAGUCGCGGCUUCGGGAUCUUCACCUUCGCAUUGCCCUCUCGAGACGACGGUAUCUUCCAGGUCCGCCUCCUGCCGAACCUGGUCGAAAGACUCGGCGGCUACCAGGCAGACUCACACCCUCGUGAUUCUUUCCGCCCAGCUCAAGAACUUCCGCGCAUAGCGGCGGAUGCCUGCCGAUACUGGCGUCAGUCACUGCAGCGCCAGCGUGUCUGCAAGCUGUCGGGCGCAUCCAUCGAGCUUUCCGUCAAGGCGGUCACCCUGCAAGAAGCGCGUGCGGCGGUCAAAAAGUCGGGGCUCAUGCAAUGGGGCCCGCUGCUGGAUGGACAGCUCACCGGUCACAGCGUCGAGUGCAUCACGGUGCCCAGGGAACGUUACCUCGCCCACUUUGCCGCUGCAAUCGAAAGGGCGGACCGAGCCGCAUCCCUUAUCGGCGAACACGACGUGCAACAGGCCAUUGGCAUCCUCGAGCGCCUUCAGCAAGAUAUCGGCUCGGUCGACGCCAAUCGAUGGCGGCCGAUGGGCGUGCCCAACUACUUCAUCUUGAUUCUCUCUGGUCGACUGUGA